AUGGCAACAAGGAAGCCCUCUUCAACAUCCGAACCUGACUCUUCUCCUAUCAUCCGAUCCGACGUCAUCAAGUAUUACCAACUCGGCUCAACAGCCUUCCAUCAAGUCUUUGCCAAUUGUGUCAUCAGUAAAACGACAACCAAGGACAGUCUCAUCUCACUCACCUCUGGUAUUCUUGAACAUCUAGGCACCAUAACGGCUGUCGAGAUAGUUUACUUCAAUACUGGUAAAAAAGCAGCAGAGAUUGUCAUGGCAGUCAGCUUUCUCGACGCAAGUGCGGCCAAGCAGGCCUGUUCAAAACGCAGUUUCAUCGUCCCAACUCCGUUCCGUCAUAAAGGCAACCGACUCAUCGUUUAUCCCAAAUUACCCGACUCUGAAAACCAGACCUCCUCAGCUAGUCCCAAGUCUUCUUGCGCAGGUAGCCCUGGCUCUGGUACUGCUGAAGCCUCUGUCGAGCAGCCCGCUUCAUCGAGCUCUCAGCCUCAAGAUAGCGAUGAGAGCAAUCAGAAAACCACUCACUCCGGAGAUGAAACCGCGGAGUCGAAUGUCGAGACAAGUGAUCUUCCAGGUGAUGAGACCAACAAUGUAGAAAGUUCAGGAAAGGGUUCCCCAUCAUCUAGUUCAAACCUUCCGGCUGAUCAUGGCGAUACAGAAGAUGAAGUACCACCCAGCAAGAAAACCAAAAAACUCAAAUCACUUCCAAGCAAUUCUGACGAGCGAUCCCAAGAACAGACCUCUCCUGCACGGACCGAGCCAAGUCAUCGGACGUCAUCCGCUGAACGAUCACCUCCAAGCAAAUCUUCUCAUUCCCAAUCCUCUCAAGCUUCGUCUUCUCGCUCCCGUCAAGUUAUUGCCCUAGCUAUGGUCUGCCGUUCAAUAACUCGUGACGAGAUGAAACCAAUGGCGCGCGAGGUUCUUGGGCCUCUAGGACAAAUCUCGGACGUUGAGAUUCUAUCAUUCGAGGGUCGAAGGUUCAUCAAUGUCGUCCUGCUCAUCACCUUCGAACGAUCGAGUCCAGCUCGGGAGGCUUGUUCAAGACGCCGGUUUCGGAUACCUUCGGCCUAUCACUAUCACGACUACGAUCUAGUCGUCUUCGAGAACACACCACAACGACAUCUUUCUUCGGAUACCGGCCCAUCCCAGAAACCAUCUGAGAACCUGAAUACUCCCAGUCACUCCUCCGAUCAAGCCCCUCAACCUAUCUCCUCCCCCAAUAAUUCCCACCCUACUUCUGAGUGUCCACAAAUCGAGGAAACAGAUCAACUCAACUCGAGCCCUGACCGGAAACCAAUUGAUAUGCUGCUCUCUUCUGAUCCCGUCGAUCAAGACAAUCAGGUUACUUCCCGGUCGCUUAGUCGUCAACCAUCCACUCCCUCCCCCGACACAAUGGAAGAGCCCGCGAGCGAGGAAGGCGCCACCGAUGGGCCACCACUCAAGAAGAUGAAGACCCACCGGAUCGUUUCUGACAAGAGCACGGCCGAACGGGCAAUGGUCCCACUCGAACCACCCCAAAAGGCCACUCCACUGGACCUGAAAAAAGACGGCAAACCCUCACCGAUGCAAACUCCUUCAUCUAGCCGUCUGGACCGGCGCAUCCACAGCGGUUCUUACCAACCUGGCCCCGUACACCAGGUCUUUGCAUCCGGCCUUGUCCAUCAAUGUUGCACUCGUGAGAAGAUACCCCAAUUGAUGAACGAUAUCCUCGGGUUCAUAGGUCCCAUCUCGGACGUAGAGAUCCUGAGCUUUGUGGGUAAGGGGGCGAGCCAUGCCUAUGACAUCGUCAUAGCGGUCACUUUCGAGCAAACCAGCGCCGCACGUGAGGCUUUCUUUCGUCGGACGUUCGAGGUUCCAAGUCCAUUUAGCUAUCAGAAAAAUUCCAUCACCGUCCAUCGCACCCUUCCUGGUACCCGCAACCAGCAACCGACACCGCGCCUAUCCACCUCCCAGAUAGACCUACCUCAGACCCCUCCUCCUGCUUCAAUUACCCCCUCCCAUCCCUCACCUCCAGCGGACAAUCCGACCUCCCGGUUUUUCUCUCCUGCUCAAGAUAAACCGCUGACCACUGAAGAUUCCGGACCGGAGGAAUCGGCAAUGGUCAUUGACACAAACGAACCUUGCAUUAGUACUAGUCCGUCAUCGUCAAGCAGGUCGGUUGAGGCUUCCGCCGAUCAACCCCCCUGUGGCUCGAGGAGUGAAUCAGCUCAGGCGGUCGACCAGUCGGCUCAGAUGGAUGAUUCGGCUUCAGAAGAUCAACCUCUCUGGGAACGUGUUGAUAAGAUCAAGCCCUCUGUCGAUGAUAAUGCGCCCCCUCGACCGUGGUCGCCAAGCUCUUUUGUGGUCUACGAACGUCUAACGCCGGUCGCUCCGAUUAAACCCCCACCUACUCGGCAAAAGUUUCAUGCCCGCCAACGAGGUCUGAUCGACCUUAAACUGACAAUGGACGAGCGGGUAGCCGAGCAAGCUGAGAAAGUGAUCCACGGGCACCCCUUCCCUCAAUGUGAUUCCUGGCCGCUCUUCCUCAGUUCCCGUUAUGUUCGAGGGUACGGAGCCUUGAACGCGCUUCGUGCCAAACUCAAACAGGAUUCUCUCAACAAAAGCCUUUGUGCCCCUCAGCCUAACCAAGAGCCGCCCACUCCGAAAGAUCCCCGAUCCAAAAUCAGGAACAUUGAGCUCGAGAAUGAGCCUUGUUUAUCCGAUGCUUCUCGUACUCCUCCUCCUCCGCCACAGCCUCCUUCCUCCGAAGUUGACCAACUACAGUCUUCCCCACAUCCCCCCACCAAACCCAAACGUCGAUCUCGUCGCCCUCCUUCAGUCCCAUCUUCCCCAUCCAAUAAGAACCCAGAUGAUCAACCGCUCCCUGAAGAAGAUCUCGGUCUACCCCUCCGGACCGUCCAGUUCGCUAUCCCUGAAAAUUGCAAGAGGGAACAUCCUUCUUGGUCUGCCAAUCGUCUCCACUUCAAGCUCGAUAAGAUCCGCUUGACCACUAGCAAGAAUCAGACCGUGGUUGACUCUGCAUGGGAAUCCGAUCGUUUGGUGCUCUAUGUAGUCCCUAACUCAGAUGAUUCUCUCCUCCCCUCUCAAGUCCAAGAGCUAGACAAUAACAGUCCCGCGGUUCGUGAAUCUCAACCCGUGCCUUCUACCUCGGGAUCUGUAACACGUGAUAGAAGUACAUCAAGUGACGCCCGCUCAGUCACACCGCCCGCUCAGCCGGAGCGAUCGCCGAAAACCCAUCGCUCGUGGCCAUUUGAACCCGCGCCGAUGUAUCUUGAUGAAUCCACUUCUACGGACUUUCCUCGAACACUUAACGACUUCUUGACGACCUUCUUCCGGCUCUGGGAAGAAUCUCGUGAGGAUCUUCGGUACCUCUACGACGAUUCUGCUGUCUUCUCCAACAUCCUUGCUAAGCAGGGCCGCAAAGCCUCUGCGAUCACCAAGAGCACGGGGUGGGCGAGUAUCUUUAAGAGUAUCAGCCGUCUUCCUGCGCUCUCGAAUGAUCCGAUGUCCGACAUCAUCAUCGAUGCCAGCCCGAUCUCACUCCUCCCUCUCCGAGUUAUCUGUAGUGUCCAUGGUUCCUUCUCGGAAUUCCCCAAAAACGUCAGAAGAGCUUUCGAUCGCACUCUCAUCCUUCGCCCGGUUGAUGUCCAUUUACACCCCUCUGAAGGCUGUCUGGGAGUCUUGAAGUGGAUCAUCCUCAGUGACACGCUCACCAUUCGAAAACAUACCUCUCGUACCACAUCUAUCACCGAAGGAUUUCGUGAUAUUCACAAGAGUAGGGCUUGUCAAGAGAUGGGAUCGGAUUAUCAUCAAGCUCGUGAAGUCUUUCAAGAAAACCUGAGGUCCCGCGGUCAAUCAUCAGUAGGAAGAGGAGAAGAACGGACGAGAGCCCGGAGCUCUUCUUCUCAUCUACGCGUUCAUUCCUCUCACGACUCGCCUCUCCCCACAGUCACCCGAACGAAAGUGGAGCAGCCCAAUCCAGCAAGCUCGACGGUGGUCGAUUGUCCAGCAGAUGAAAGUCUACGUUCAGGCUCGGAGACCGUGGGUCAAUCGACGAGUGAAUUAUCGUCACUCCAGCAACAACUCAAGGCGAUGCAGGCGGAAAUUGAGAGUCUAAAGACCUUAACGCGUGAAGGACGGUCGACCAAUUCGUCGGCGGGACUCGAAGAUCCAUUGGGAGGACAUAAACCGAAGCCGGUGGAGCAAGCCGUGAGGAGGGUGGAGAAGGAGGACACAGGGAAGGGACGGACACGGAAGACGCAGAUCGGGGUAGUCGAUUCCUGUUCGGCGGGCCAUCUCGGGUUCGGAGUGUCCAAGAAACGGCUCCUGUUGUCGACCGAUUUGGGUCGCUAUCUGGUGAUCUCAAUGCGUGGCGAUAUCCUCACUUGGGAUCCUAACCAUUCUCCUCACGUCGAACUCGUCAAAUCAGGCGCUUCCCCGACCGAUAUCGUCGACUCGGCCGUCUUCGAUAAUCGCUCCCAUACCCUCGUAGUAGGCUCCAGAACCUCUAAAACCGCUCGGAAUACUCAUAGCUCUAAUAAGGGUGGGAUGAUCUUUGAUCGGUUGUUAUUGGACGAUAUGAUACAUGAAAACGGAGUUCGAGCAACCUGUUUAGCACCUUCGAGUAUCACCAACAACACCAACGAAUUUCCCAGUAAUUCAGAAACUAUUGAAGGUGGAGGAACAAUCGUUAAAGCACAAACCAAACACCACAAAACUCAAACCAAUUUCUUAACUGCUGGCCAAGAUAAAUUCCUCAGUUUAUGGAAAAUCGUCCACACCUUUAAUCCCAAGAAAAAAUCUUCUUCGUCGUCGUCCUUGGGGUUCUCUUCAGGAGUGGGGUCCGGCUCCGGCUCCGGCUCAAUCGUGUUUAAGGAUGUCGUCAAGAUUCCCGCGGCUCAUUCCGGGAUCAUUCAGUCUUUGUGUUUGUUUGAUCAUAAAAAUUCCGUCCUUUCUGGGGGCCAUGAUGGAAAAGUUUAUGCGACGGAUCUGUCUCAAGCUUUUCAUCACACUUUGUGUCUUGAAGAAAAUUCGCAUAUCUUUGAUAUUCAAACUAAUCCGGUUGUUAGUGAUACUAUUAUGGUUACUACUGGGAAUAAAGCACCUGGAAGUCAAUUUCGAUAUUGUGAUCUGAGAACGCCAGCCCGACCAGUGAUAAGUUUCGGCCUGACGAGUAUGACGACAGGAAGUAUAGGGACGGGAGGGCACACGGAGGCGGGGGUGAAGUACCAUCGCAAAGGAAGCCUGCGGGAUUAUCUGUGGAGUUAUCCGAAUGCCGAUCCGGGGACCGGAGGCGUGUUGCUGUGGGACCUCAGAUUCCCCGCCUCGGGGUUCUCCCUCUCUUCUUCUUCGUCUUCCUCCUCCUCCUCGUCCUCUUCUACUUCUUCUUUGACGUUUAAUCCGGCUUGUUCGGUCUCCAAUUCUGCGCCCGACAUUCUUUGA